UGGACCUCAGCGCGACCCGUCAUAAGCUUUACGUGGCAGUACCAGCGAAGCUCCGUGUUUAACUUAAAAAUAACCUCGACUCCAUUCGCUCUGCUGAUGGAAACACAGUCUGUGUAAAAUUUCACCCACGGGCUCUUAAUGGUGCUGCUGCUGGUGGAUUCAUUAGCGCGUAAUAACACAAGUACCAAGCGAGAAUGUUCACGUUUCCGGAGCUCGCCGUCCUGCUCGGGCUUUUGUGCGCUACAGCGAGCGGCUACUUCGUUAGCAUAGACGCUCACGCGGAAGAGUGCUUCUACGAGCGAGUCAACUCGGGCACCAAGAUGAGCCUCAUGUUCGAGGUAGCCGAAGGAGGAUUUUUGGACAUCGACGUUGAGAUAACUGGACCAGAUGGAAAGCAGAUUUAUAAAGGAGAUCGGGAAUCCAGUGGGAAAUACUCCGUGGCUGCUCAUAUGGAUGGCACGUAUAAGUUUUGCUUCAGCAACAAGAUGUCCACCAUGACUCCCAAAAUUGUCAUGUUCACCAUUGACAUCGGUGAAGCUCCCAAAGGCCAAGACAUGGAGACAGAGGCUCACCAGAACAAACUGGAAGAGAUGAUCAACGAAUUGGCCGUCGCCAUGACAGCUGUCAAGCAUGAGCAGGAGUACAUGGAGGUCCGGGAAAGAAUACACAGAGCAGUUAAUGACAACACCAACAGCCGAGUGGUGCUGUGGUCAUUCUUCGAAGCCCUGGUGCUGGUUGCCAUGACUCUGGGACAGAUUUAUUACCUGAAGAGAUUUUUCGAAGUACGGCGAGUCGUGUAAAAAAAAAAAAAAAAAAAAAAAAUGAAAAUAAUAAUUGAAAAACACAAACACGUUUUCUCUGUACUCUCGAGACAGUCAUUCGCUCCUCCAAGGAUUGGCUCUCCUGCCUCAGCAACUUUCAGAAGAGUACUUCUUGUCAGUCAUUCAGUUUCCAGUCUUUUCAUUCUUUACUUCUGUGUUUCUUUAGAUUUUGUUUUGGGGAGCUGUGGUCUUUCAGGCAAAUCUUUUGGUGUUCACUUUUAAUUUAGUUUUAAACCCUAGUUUUUUUUUUUAAUUUUGCUGUUUUAUUUUGUGGAACUUUCUGACUUUUUGCUGCUUUUCUAGUUUAAUCUGCAUCAUAGACAAACAGUGACAUAAAGAGGGUAUAAUUGGCUGUUGCUUAGAGAAUGCUACAUGCGUCGCAUGGUGUAAAUUUCACGGUAUUGUAUAAUGUUUGCAAUGAUUUGAUUGUUAACUUGAAAUGAAAUCGAGUGGUCUGACUUUUGACGCACACCCUUUGUAGGCUUCUUUAACUUGUACGGCACAUAACGAACGUGUAUUUGCUAAACUAUAGAAUAAGACUGUUUACGUAUUAAAUUGGCUUUACUGUAUCUUCAAAUGUUUAAAUAUAAUUUCCAAGGUUUUUUUUUUUUUGGUUUUCUGGGGAAGGGAGUAAUUUAUGUACUUUUUUACUGUUACAUGUCUGUAUGGACAUUUAAUUCUUGAACAUUUGCUACACAGAAAGGAUAUUGGCCAUGACUACUGCAGAAUUGAUGGUAAAAUUGUACAAUAUUGUAAAGUAGAAUGUUCCAGUGAAUCAAAGAUGAAUUUGAUUCAAUAAAACAUGUUCUUUGAAAAAA